GAGAAGGAGGAUGUAGGGAUAUGGUCUCCCGAGAUCCUUGGAUACUGCAGGUCACCUUUCUUUACAUCCAUCAUAAUCCGUGAAUCUUCUAACCAUUGCGCUGUCCUAUCUCUGCGCGAUCGGAGGAGGAGUAGGGCACAGACAUUUGGCUGUUGGAUGCCCACAUCGGACGACUCUGCCGCUACCACCCGCACACCUGGCAACUCCUGAGAUGAACAAGUUGCGGCAGAGCCUGAGGAGGAAAAAACCAACGUAUGUUCCAGAGGCCAGCCGUCCGCACCAGUGGGGGGCAGACGAGGAGGCUGUGAGGAGGGGGAAAUGCAGUUUUCCUGUCAGGUACCUCGGGCACGUGGUGGUGGAGGAGUCGCGAGGCAUGCAUGUAUGCGAGGAUGCUGUCAAGAAGCUCAAAUUGCUUGGAAAGAAGUCUGUGAAAGCUAUUCUGUGGGUCUCUGCUGAUGGCUUGCGGGUGGUGGAUGAUAAGACAAAGGACCUCAUUUUGGAUCAGACCAUAGAGAAAGUUUCAUUCUGCGCCCCUGACCGCAAUUUUGACAAGGCAUUUUCAUAUAUCUGCCGGGAUGGCACAACGCGACGCUGGAUCUGUCACUGCUUUAUGGCCCUGAAAGAUUCUGGGGAGCGCCUGAGUCACGCUGUUGGCUGUGCAUUUGCGGCUUGCCUGGAACGAAAGCAAAAGCGGGAGAAAGAGUGCGGAGUCACUGCAUCCUUUGAUGCCAGUCGUACCAGUUUUGCCCGUGAAGGUUCCUUCCGUGUUACCUCAUCAUCUGGCCAAAGCGACCGAGAAGAGACAAUGCGGCAGGUUCAGGAAAAAAAGAAAGCUAUCACAAGUGAAGGAAAUCAGAGCCAGUCAUCAAACGCAUCUUCCCUGACGGCCUCCCCCAGUACCGGAUUACCAGCCCAGUUAGAAAACUCUUCUCCCCUGCAAGGGGCAACGGUCCCAUCUGAGAAGGCAGAGAUGGGCAGUCAGCAUGCCAUCCCACGUCGUCACGCCCCCAUAGAACAGCUUGUAAGACAAGGAUCUUUCCGUGGUUUCCCUGCUCUUAGCCAGAAGAAUUCACCCUUCAAACGUCAGCUGUCGCUGAGGCUUAACGAGCUCCCAUCCACACUGCAACGCAAAACAAAUUUCCAGGACAAAGGUCAAGUCCCGGAAAUGGAUCCCACAGGACCGCCUGAGCCAGAUGGAAUUACUGACCUGUGCAACCAGAUUAAUAGCUCCUUCAACAACAAACCUUCGGAAGACCACUAUGUGAAUGGGAAUGGGAUGCGGACCCCACCUUACGUGGCUUGUCUCCCUCCUCCUCGACAGACAGCACAAAGCAUGCCAGUGUGGCCAGAUCAAGCAGUGACCACCAACUCAACUCCUACUAAUGUCCAAAUGGGUCACCGUCGUACACCAUCUGAAGCAGAACGCUGGCUUGAGGAAGUAGCUAAGGCAGCCAAAGCCCAACAGCAGCAACAACAUCAAGAGCCCUUGUCGCAGCCUAUGGUGGCUGUACCAAUGGCAAUACCACCUGCAAUACAGGCCUAUCCUGUUUCAUUUGAUGCAUCUCCUGCCCCCAUCAGUAUGUUUAUUGCCCCUCAUAUGCAGGCUGCCUAUGUUCCAGUGGGUGGAUAUGCCCCACCCAUGGCCAACAGCAUACCAUACCCUACACCAAGUGUUCCAGUGGUAGGCAUUACCCCUUCCCAGAUGGUGGCCAAUGUUUUCUGCUCUGCUACCCAAGUACCAUCAUCCAACCUGGCAAGCAAAACUAACCCAUUCCCUCCGAGCAUAAUGCACUCUUCAGCCACAAGUGUCCACAACCCUGCUCCAACCCAGCCUCACCAGUCUGGACCAAAGUUAAACAACGCUGCCAACGGUACUUGGCCCCCGGAUCCUAGCCAGCUAAGACUGGCCUCCACCGCACAAGAAGUGGACCAGUUUGAAGCUCAGUGGGCAGCAUUGGAGUCCAAGUCUCAGCAACGUCUGGCCAACCCUUUCUCCAAUGAACUGCAGAAGACUUUCCAGAUCGAAUUGUAGCGAAUGUAACGUGCCCUAUGCUUCACUCAAACUUUGUUCAGGAACAACCACCAGUAAUCAACCAGUAGUAUCCCAUAUAGAGCCAUGCGACAGAACCUAGAAGGUUCCAGAUCCCGAACGGGUGGGUGGGUAUAACUGGAGAUCAUGUGACCCCAAUGACGACAUCUGUACUGAUGGAUACCAACAAUAGGGUUGUAUGCUAAUCUAAUAAUAGCCGCAUUUCUCUAUAAUAGGGCGCUGAGGAUUGUUUGGUCGGAUUCAGGAAGUGAAUUACGAUUCCAGAAAGCUGUUUUUGGUGGGAACAAUUUACAAAUGGGACAUGGAUUGAGCAGAUAAGAGAAAGUCAUAAUAGGUUGUCUUUGCAAGAGGGUUUGGUAGGUAAAGCGGAGGCUCGAGGUAUGUGAUGUGAAAGUCUGUGAAGGAUGUAAUAAAGAAGGUGCAGAUGUCUCAUUUAUUCAUGCAAUAUUUGGCACCACAUUAGACCUACCCCUUGUUACUUUGCAUUAGUUUGUCCAUGUGGUGCUAUUUUGGCUAUUCAUCCAGGGUAUGAGCAUUUGUUUUAUUUAUUUGUAUAUAUAGUGGGUUUCUUUUAAAUUAUACCUCUUGCAACAACCAUGCCUCUGCUCACUACUGCCACAUGGUGGUAGAAGAGAAGUUUAGCAUUGCAUCUCAUUUUUUUCUGUGCCAAGUUGUGUUACAUCUCAAGGUUACUCUACAAUUGCCAUUGGACAAAGCUCAUGGCAAAAAAAAGGGUUAUGCUUAUUUAAAUCAGAGGGGUGACCAUUUACUAUUUUGUAGUUUUAUGUUUUUACCAUUGUAACUUAAAUGCCAAAUGUAUUUCAUAUUUAAUAUAUAUAUAUAUUUUCUUAAUUUUGUUUUUGUUAACUUUACGAAAUGUAAAUUGACCAAAUAAGGGUAUUCCCUGGAGAAUUCAGUCAGUGGCCCAUUGAUAGGAGAAAAGGGUCUUUUACAAGAAAUAGCAGAGGUUCAGUAUGUGUCUUGGUGCAGGUGAGUUGAU